UACGGAUUUCCACCUGGUUCCAUGAGUUUGGGAGAGUGUGUGAGACUCCGCACGUAGCCUGGUGGAAUCCCUGCCGCCAGAUGACGAGGAAAAGUGCGGUUCAGCCUCCAGAUAAAGUCCAGCUGCAGACCAGAAGCAUCGUAAACACAGCAGAGUCCUCCGUUCAUGCUGAGCUCCUUAUCAGCAGCACUAGAGCAACAUCUGAAGCGAUUCACGACUUCUCUGCGCGAGGUGACAGCCUGAAAGGAUGAUGUUGGCUUGGUUCCUGUUGAGUUUCCUCUUCCACUUCCUGUAUGCCCACAAUGACUUUUUCACUUCCACAGGUCAGAUGACAGACCUGCUGUACGCUGAGAAGGAUCUGGUGACAUCUCUCAAAGAAUACAUCAAACAAGAAGAGAACAGACUAGAGCAGGUUAAAGAAUGGGCAGAUAAACUGGACUCAUUGACGAUCACCGCCACGCAGGACCCCGAGGGAUUCUUGGGGCACCCGGUCAAUGCUUUUAAACUGAUGAAGAGACUCAACAGUGAGUGGAGCGACCUGGAGAACCUGGUGCUGAAAGACACCACCAAUGGAUUUAUCUCCAAUCUGACAGUCCAGAGACAGUACUUCCCAACAGAUGAGGACCAGACAGGAGCAGCCAAAGCUUUGCUUAGAUUACAGGACACAUACCAGCUGUCUGCCAACGCCAUCUCUAGCGGAGACCUGCCUGGUGUUGUACACAAGAGUCGAAUGACAGUGGAGGACUGCUAUGAGCUGGGGAAGAUUGCAUACUCUGAUGCGGAUUACUAUCACACUGAGCUCUGGAUGGCCCAGGCUCUCUCACAGCUAGACGAAGGAGAGGAAUCACCCAUAGACAAGGUCACAGUCAUGGACUACCUGAGUUAUGCCAUCUACCAGCAGGGGGAACUAGACCGAGCCCUCGAACUCACCAAGAGGAUGCUGAAGCUCGACCCCAAUCACCACAGGGCCAAUGGGAACCUAAAGUACUUUGAGUUCCAGCUGGAGAAGCAAAGAAAAGCUGAGAAUGAGAAAAAAGAAGAAGAUCAAAAAAGAGUGCUGGACAAGCGUGAUGCUCAGAGGAAACGCUCCAAAGAUCCUUUGCCAGAGAGGAAGAAAUAUGAAAGGCUGUGCAGAGGAGAGGGAAUAAAACUGACACCUCGUAGACAAAGCCGCCUGUUUUGCCGUUACUCCAACAAUAACCGUAAUCCACGUCUACUUUUGGCUCCGGUGAAGCAGGAAGAUGAGUGGGACCGGCCGCGGAUUGUCCGUUAUCAUGAAAUCAUCUCUGAUAGUGAGAUCGAGACUGUGAAGGAGAUGGCAAAACCCAGACUAAAGCGAGCCACUGUGCACGAUCCCAUUACGGGAAAACUCACCACUGCCCAGUACAGAGUCUCCAAGAGCGCUUGGCUGUCUGGAUAUGAACAUUCUACCAUUGAAAGGAUUAACCAGCGUAUUGAGGAUGUAACAGGUCUGGAAAUGGACACAGCAGAAGAGCUGCAGGUUGCAAAUUAUGGAGUUGGGGGUCAGUACGAACCUCAUUUUGACUUCGGAAGAAAAGACGAGCCAGAUGCCUUUAAAGAACUGGGUACAGGAAACAGAAUCGCCACAUGGCUCUUUUACAUGAGUGACGUUUCAGCAGGGGGCGCUACAGUCUUCACGGAUGUAGGAGCAGCAGUCUGGCCUAAAAAGGGUACAGCUGUAUUCUGGUAUAACCUUUUUCCUAGUGGAGAAGGAGAUUACAGCACAAGACAUGCUGCAUGUCCAGUAUUAGUGGGCAACAAAUGGGUAUCGAACAAAUGGAUACAUGAACGAGGUCAAGAAUUCAGACGGCCCUGUGCAUUAUCUGAGGUGGAAUGAUCACUUUUUAUCUCAAUUUCUUUUUGUGUCAGUAUGGGAUGAGUGUCUGAGCUAGGAGCGAAUGUUCAAUCUAUGCAUUGCAUUUGUUGUUGUUGUGCCUUUCUGCCCAAAUAAUAGUGUUCUGGUCAGGAUAUCCACUGACUGUUCAAACCAUGACUAUGCAUAGAUCCAAUCAAGCGUUUUUAUUAUAUUUGAGGUAUUUAUUUAUGGUUGAAUUUGGACUUUGUGUGUUUUGUUUGUAUUUCCCGGCUUAUCAUACACUCCAGCAUACCUCCGUUUUGAGACGUUACUUUUGUAUUUCAUGAAAACCACUGAACACUCCAUACAACUUAAUAUAAUUGUCAUCAUAGCAAACUGCAAGACCAAAAACAUGUUACAAAAAUGUUUCAUGAAACUUUUUUUAAAGAAUUACCAAAGAGUAUUUUCAUUAAUCCUGAGGCAAAUGCAACAUUUGUCUUUUUAUGUGUGUGAAUGGAAAUGUUUUUAAGGUUGAUAGUUUUCUACAGAAAUAAAUUCUAUGCCAUCAGUU